AUGAACGAUCUUUCGUCAGCCGAAGUAUUAUUCAAAUUGUGUUCGUUCGGAGUGACCGCUGUCGCAGCCACACUCGCUGCUCUAACGGGGUACUGGUACAUUGUCGGUGAGUCGUACCCGAAACUUAAGAAGCUUGUCGAUCUUAAAAAGCAGACCAAAAUCCUACAGGACGGAUCUCGAGUAGCAGCCUGUCUAGAGAACGACCAACUGCAGUCACGUAAUUUCGAUGAUUCUCGAACCAUCUAUGAGGCUGUACACCGUGGUGCACGAGUAUCACAUAAUGGACCGAUGGUUGGCUAUCGUAUUCAACAGUCGGAUGGCAGUAAACCAUUCGUUUGGCAGAAUUAUGAUCAAGUGAUCCGUCGAGCUGAAAAUCUCGCACAUGGUCUAUUGGUGUUGGGCAAUCAGAAAGGUCAAGCAACCUUCAUAGCAGUCUAUUCGAAAAAUAGGCCUGAGUGGAUUAUAAGUGAAUUGGCUGCGUACAGUUACAGUAAUAUAAUUGUUUCAUUGUACGACACUCUGGGAGCGGAGGCGAGAACAUUUAUCGUCAGUGAAACUGGCGUUCAGUUCAUCAUUUGUGACGUUGAGCAGAAGGCAAAAUUGUUGGUUGAUGAGGCGUCGAAAAUACCAUCACUGAAGCACAUUAUCGUCAUCGAGCCAUUCAGCGAAGAGCUGAAAGUACAAGCUGAAGCAGCUGGCAUCUCAUUGCAUCGCUUCAGUGAAGUCGAGAAGUUAGGUGAAACAAUGCCGGAGAAACCGAAUUUCGAGCCACCAAAACCCGAAGAUAUAUCCACGGUGUGCUAUACAUCAGGCACCACGGGCACUCCGAAAGGUGUAAUACUGACACAUGCAAAUGUUAUCGCUGGUACAACUUGUCUCAACAUAGUUGCCAAUCUAAAAAUCACCACUGAGGAUGUUCUCAUAAGCUAUCUGCCAUUAGCACAUAUGUACGAGCGAAUGGUAGAGUGUGCGUGUUUCCAAGUCGGUGCACGAGUUGGAUAUUUCAGUGGCGAAAUCAGUGGUCUUAUGGAUGACAUUCAAAUCUUGAAACCAACCGCAAUUCCACUGGUGCCUCGUGUAUUGAAUCGAAUUUAUGACAAGGUAAUGUCUGGAGUGAACAAAUCAGUUUUCACUCGGCUUUUAUUUGCUGUUGCAAUGGCGUGCAAGAAGAAUGAAUUACGACGUGGAAUUCUCCGACAGGAUUCUUUCUUUGAUCAAAUCGCUUUCAAGAAGAUCCGAGACAAACUUGGUGGUCGCGUUAGGCUAAUGGCCAUCGGAUCAGCACCAGUUGCACCUGAUGUACUAAUGUUUGCGAGAGCAGCGUUUGGGUGCAUUGUAAUUGAAGGAUACGGACAAACGGAGUGUGUUGCUGCGUGUACAGCGAGUAUCGAAGCAGACUGCGACGCUACUCAUGUGGGCCUUCAGAUACCGUGCAAUGCUGUCAAACUUGUUGACGUUCCUGACCUAAACUAUUACGCCAAGGAUCAAGUCGGAGAGGUAUGUGUCAGAGGAAAUAAUGUCUUCAAUGGAUACUACAAAAACGAAGAAGCAACCGAAGAGACUCUUGACGAGAACGGUUGGCUGCAUUCAGGUGAUAUCGGACGAUGGACUGCGAAUGGAACUUUACAAAUCAUUGAUCGUAAGAAACAUAUCUUGAAAUUACAACAGGGUGAAUAUAUAGCACCGGAUAAAAUCGAGAACGCAUAUGCACAUUCACCGUAUGUGUCGCAGUCAUUUGUUUAUGGUGACAGUUUGAAGUGUUCGCUUGUUGGCAUUAUUGUACCGGAUGAAGAGGAAUUGAUAAAACUUGCUUCAAGUCGACCAGAACUGAACGAAGCCACUUUCGAGCAGAUGUGUCUGAAUGAAACUGUUAAGAAAUUGAUAUUCGAUGAUCUCAUUGAAGUUGGCAAAAAACAAGGAUUGUUCUCCUUCGAACAGGUGAAGGAUAUUUUCGUAACUUCGGAUCGUUUUACGAUGGAAAACGAUCUGUUGACGCCAACGCUGAAAAAUAGGAGACCAAAUUUGAAGAAACAUUUCGAUGAACAAAUUCAGCGAAUGUAUUCGCAAUUGAAAUAA